CUCUGCGUGCAUGACUCGAUUGGACCUGUCGGCGCGCGGGUGCGCACACCGUACCGUGCAUUCCGUGUCGCUAUCACGAAACAGGGCGCACCACGCGUGCGGGAGCCCGACGAGGUAAGCGCACCGCUUCGUGCGUGCCAGGGAGCCGUCCGGCGCGACCGGAACGUGUGUGGUGUUCCAAGACUUCGUGUGCGGCCUCACGUACCGCGUCGCCUCGACAACGCGUGUCCAUUCACGCCCGCUAAGUGCACCCAGAAGGCACCCAGCGUCCCGCGCUGCCGUCGAAUCUGAUGCGCUCGCGGGAGCGGAAGACUUGGUGCGCGCCGGGGCGUCGUGGACGCGCUCGGGAUGUUUCCGACGCAGCGUACUGCGACUUCGUGGGCGGCCACGUGUCGCCCACGCCCACGCACGUCCGGGACACGCAGCGUGCGAUUGCGUACGUAGGGCGCGCUCCAGAACUGUCAGAACCCGCCCUGCUGCCUCGCGAGGGCCAUGUCUUGCAUCGCUGCCAGGUAUGAGCGCGUGGGCGGAUGGAGAAGGAUACACUGUUCAGUGCGCUCUCGAGGCUCGUGGACAUCUAAUCCGCCGGCUGUGAUGAGUCCUGCACGCCGAACGGGAGCGCAAGGAGACGUCCGCGCAGAGGGCGCAACUCUCCCCGAGCAGCGCAUCUUCCAAGAUUAAAACGCCCGCCAACCAAGGCGAUCAUGUGCAAGGGUUAAUAUGGUGCAGAAGAACUCUGGUCGCCGAUGAGACGACUUUGCGGAGUCGGGAGGAGUCGGGCGCCUAUUUUGACGCAGCCCGAAAUCGAGAAGUCUUGCCUCGACCCGUCGCGACUUUCCUCUGCUCCACGUCCCUUGUCCCUGCUCGCGCCGUUUCUCUCGUCUCCCAAUCCCUUCCCCCGACAUCAGCGCUCGAUGCAAGUUUCGGGUUUGUUCGCGCAGGCUCUCUCCAGACAGUGCAACAUGCGUGCCCGGAACGCAGACUGAGUGCCCGCAUUCGUUGUUCACCCGAGAUGGGAGUGGCUGCACCGCCGGAGUGUGUGCACCGCGUCGAAGGAGUUGCCACUCUUCGUAAUGGCCCGGGAGCGCAUGCGACACAAUUUCGCCUUUCCAGAGGCAGGUACCUGGGCGCUUAUUUGAACGUGGCUCGAAACUAGUCAGUCUCGUGCCGCCGUCCUUCGCUGUCCCUUGGCUCGUUUCGCUUUCUGGGCCUCAGUCUGGAUUCCUUUUCACGCUGCGAGGUUGGGCUGCGAGUGAGAAACGAGGUCGCCAUCCGCACGCGAGCUGCAACACUCGAUCUCUAAU